CAAUUCGCCAGACGAGACCACAUUCUAUAGACACAUGUUGAUGCGCGAGGACCUCACCCAGUCGCUGAUCAUGAUCCAGCCGAUCCUGUACUCGUAUAGCUUCGGCGGCCCGCCGGAGCCCGUGCUGCUGGACACCUCCUCCAUACAACCCGACAGGAUAUUACUCAUGGAUACGUUCUUCCAGAUACUUAUAUACCAUGGAGAGACCAUAGCGCAAUGGCGCGCGCUCCGUUACCAGGAUAUGCCGGAAUACGAGAGUUUCGCCCAACUGCUCCGCGCCCCCAUCGACGACGCGCAGGAGAUACUGCAGAGCCGCUUCCCCGUGCCGAGAUAUAUUGAUACCGAACAUGGUGGAUCACAGGCCCGGUUCCUCUUGUCGAAGGUGAAUCCGUCGCAAACGCACAACAAUAUGUACGCGUACGGAGGGGCGAUGCCGAUACCAUCUGCGGACGGUGGCGCCCCCGUGUUGACGGACGAUGUUUCGCUGCAAGUAUUCAUGGAGCACCUAAAGAAGCUGGCGGUGUCCUCCACCGCCUAAAUGACGAUUGUGUGCAGUAUUGGAACUGUUACCUUACGUACAUGGUUUUUGUAGGUGUCGAUAACAGGUGCCGUUACCUUAAUGUGGAUUAUGGAACUAUUGUGGUCGUCUUUUUUUAAUUGUUAAAACAGGUAUAAUUGCGCGAUAUUUUAAUACUGUGGCAGUAGGUGAUAAAUA